CGGCGUCUUCGCCAGGGCGGGAAAUCCUUCCACACAUGUCAACAACAGUACGCGGUCUGACGGUCAUAAUAAGCAACACGCGGACUUUUAGGAAGGAAGCUGAGUGAUUGUUUGAGGCAGGUUUUGUCUGACACAGGCUGGUGUGAGAGGAGGUAGAGUCAUGCAGGCCUUUUUGAAAGGAGCAUCUGUCCAAGCUACCAAACCUCAGAAAGACAAGGCUGCACCAGGACCCAGCACAGAGAAGAAAGCCAAGUCUGUCCCAUGGGUAGAGAAAUACAGGCCAAAGAGUGUAGAUGAAGUGGCAUUCCAGGAAGAGGUGGUAGCAGUAUUGAAGAAGUCUUUGGAAGGGGCAGAUCUUCCCAACUUGCUCUUUUAUGGCCCUCCUGGAACAGGAAAGACCUCUACCAUCCUAGCUGCUGCCAGAGGACUCUUUGGCCCAGAGCUAUACAAACAAAGGGUGCUAGAACUAAAUGCAUCAGAUGAAAGAGGGAUCCAGGUGAUCAGGGAAAAGGUCAAGAACUUCGCAAAGCUAACGGUGGCAGGAAGGCGCUCAGACGGGAAGCCAUGCCCACCAUUUAAGAUCAUCAUCCUGGAUGAGGCUGACUCCAUGACCUCACCUGCCCAGGCCGCUCUCAGACGAACUAUGGAGAAGGAGUCCCGCACCACACGCUUCUGCCUCAUCUGUAACUAUGUUAGCAGGAUCAUUGAGCCACUAACAUCCAGAUGUUCAAAGUUUCGCUUCAAACCGCUUGCCAAUCAGAUCCAAGAAGAGCGCCUGUUUGCUAUCUGUGAGAAGGAGAACCUUAGAUACUCCAAAGAGAGCAUAGCAGCGUUGGUGAGGGUGUCUGAGGGUGACCUUCGCAAAGCCAUCACCUUCCUUCAGAGUGCUGCUCGCCUCAGUGUGGAGAAGGAGAUCUCAGAGAGCGCUGUUAUUGAGAUAGCCGGGGUAGUCCCUCCCAAAAUGAUUGACAACCUACUUCAGAUCUGCUACAAGGGGACGUUUGAGAAACUAGAGAUUGCUGUCAGGAACAUGGUGGAAGAAGGCUAUGCAGCCAAUCAGAUCCUGCUCCAGCUCCACGAGACAAUCAUAGAAGAGGACUUGAAUGACAAACAGAAGUCGGCCAUUUCAGAAAAGAUGGCGGUUGUUGAUAAGUGCCUUGCAGAUGGUGCAGAUGAAUACCUGCAGAUGUUGAGUCUGUGUUCAGUCAUAAUGCAACAGGCUGCUCAGAUUAACUAAAACCCCCCUGCCUCCAAAGCAGUUUCCCCUUUUCUGUGUGCAUACUAUGAUCUUCUUCCAACACCUAUGGGUUCUCCUGUCAGAUUCCAUCUUCAACCUGGUCUUGUUUCUCAGAAUGAGUAAACCUUUUAUAAAUAUAGGUUUUAUAAAAUGAUGUACUUUAUUUACUUUUUUUAAGCGUUCAUUAAAUUAGACACCGGAAAACCAAAAGUUAACAAGCUGGCUUGCUUUCAGGAAGCAGUGCAACUGAUUUUACCUCUUUAUUGGAGCUUAGGAAGAAAUGGGAACGGAUGAUCCGCUGUGGUGACCCCUAACGGGAGCAGCCGAAAGUAGUAGUCAUAGUAGAGUAGAUUGGAGCUUAAACAGAAUCUUUUCCUACUGUAGCAGUGGAGCUUUGUGGAUAAGACUAACAUCACAAUAAUGUCAAUUCGUCUCUGUAGCAACUCCUUUUCAUCUUCCCAUGUCUCCAUACUAUCAAUGUUAAAUCAUUGUUUGUUACUUCUCCUGUAGACAUAUGCCACUGAAAAAUAUUUAUACUUUGUUAUU